GUCCCGGGAGCCCUGCCCGGCCGCGCUGCCGCCGCCCCCGGGGCCCGGCGGGGCGAGGCCGGCGCUGCGGCCCAGCGCGCAUGGAGCCGGGCGAGGGCGGCGCGAUGGCGGCGCUGCGGGAGGCCAAGCGGGCGCUGCGAGGGGAGCUGCGGCGGCGGCUGCGGGCGCUGGGCGAGGCGGAGAAGCAGCGCCAGUCCCGCCUGCUGAGUCGCAAGGUGAUUGGCCAUCCCAAGUACCAAGGAUCCAAAAGAAUUGCAAUUUUUCUGAGCAUGCCAGAUGAAAUCCAGACAGAGGAAAUAAUUAAGGACAUUUUUAAGCAAGGCAAAGAGUGUUUCAUCCCACGUUAUAAGCCUCACAGCAAUCAAAUGGACAUGCUGAAGUUAUCAUCAGCUGAAGACAUUUCUUCACUUACUUUGACAUCCUGGAAUAUUCUCCAGCCUAGUGAUGAUGAUAGUGCAAGAGAGGAGGCUCUUGCUGGUGGGGGUCUUGACCUUAUCUUCAUGCCAGGCCUUGGAUUUGACAAAAAAGGCAACAGAUUGGGAAGAGGGAAAGGAUAUUAUGAUACCUAUCUUGAAAGAUGUAUGAAACAUCCCAGUGGAAAGCCUUACACGAUUGCCUUGGCUUUUAGGGAACAGAUUUGUGCAUCAGUGCCUGUGGCGGAAAAUGAUGUCCAAGUAGAUGAAAUCCUUUAUGAAGACUCCUGAAAGUAUCUUGAUGCCAACCUGCCUUCAGAGUGCCCAACCAAGGACGUCAGAUCCAUCAAUCAUGACCUUUAAUAGUCAUAAUGACUUUGGGAGCAAUAAAAUACAAUAUUUAUGUUUCAACAAAAAAAACCCCAACAAUUUGGUGUAAAUGUGGUAUUAGUAGUGAGGAUUACAUUGAUUGGCUUCUAAUUAGCAUAUAUCUGUUGUGAAAUCUUAUUCUAGAAUCAAUAGAAAAAAGAAUAUGUGACUGUUACAGUAAAGACCAUUUCUUAUUCUGUAUGUUUAACUGUACCCUCAAUCAAUAAAUCAGUGCAUUUAUUUUCACCAAA